AUGAAGCUGCAAUUGCUAACAGCGAGUUUGCUGCUGUUGCAGGCCUCCAACGUCAGCGCCAACGCCGUUGGUAUCAAUCCUCAGCGCGAUAUCUCAGAUUCCCACAAUACCAAUAGUCACAUCCAGUCCAACACUCGAGUCUUUCCUUAUCUUACCAAACUUCGCGACAAAGUUAUCGAAUCCGUAUUUGGACGCAAACCUACCGAGGAUGUAACCCCGCCACCCAUUCCCAACCAGUUGCGCGCACAAUAUGUUAAGCAGCUCGUGCUUCGAUUCAAUGUCACCACUUCUCACGAAGAAGGCGCUCUAGCCGACGCCGCCGCGCGUCUAUUUCUCGAUGUCUGGGCCUUCACCGACGACUAUGUGGACAUUCGGUUGCAUGCUGACGAGGUUCGGCCUUUGCUCAGCUUGCUUCCCAAGUCGCUACAUACAUCACACUCAGUCUUGAUCCCGGACUUGGCUUCAGCUGUCUAUAAUUCGCUUCCAACCGGUGGAAGCCCAGGCUAUGCCGAUCCAAAAAUGUUUGCACCGGUGGUCAAAGUUGCUUCUUCGCCCGGAGACAACCUCUUUUUCCAGGACUACCAAUCUCUACCAGUUAUAAUGCGAUGGAUGCGACUGCUUGAGGCUAUGUUUCCAUCUUACGUCAAGUACAUCAACGUUGGCAAGUCCUACGAAGGCCGUGAUAUACCUGCUCUACGCGUAGGAAUUCCACAAACCGCACCGGAUGCGCCUCGACGAAAGACCAUCAUGGUUAUGGGUGGCUCACAUGCUCGCGAGUGGAUAUCUACCAGCACCGUCAACUAUCUGGCAUGGUCCUUCAUCACUAGUUACGGCAAGGAGCGAAUGAUUACGAAGUUGCUGGACGAGUUCGACCUUGUCUUCCUCCCUGUCGCCAACCCUGAUGGAUUCGAGUACACCUGGCACGUGGACCGGCUCUGGCGCAAAACACGGCAACAAACCAACCUUCAAUUCUGCCGCGGAUUGGAUCUUGAUCGCGCUUACGGAUAUGAGUGGGACGGCUCGCAGGUCCAAAGAGACCCAUGCUCCGAGAGUUACGGAGGAGAGAAACCUUUCCAAGCUGUCGAGGCAGUCCAGAUCGCUGACUGGGCACGCAACCAGACCUGGAACAAUAACGUCCGAUUCGUUGGUUUAGUUGAUCUACAUUCAUACUCCCAGCAGAUUCUCUACCCUUAUUCGUUCACCUGUUCCAUCGAUCCACCCAACCUGGAGAAUUUGGAAGAGCUGGCUGCAGGUAUUGCAAAAUCGAUACGCCUAUCGAACGGCGAGACUUAUACGGUAGCGUCAGCAUGCGAAGGUGCGGUAUCUGCACGCGAGCACAGUGGCGGCAGAUACUGGUCUCGAAUCGAGUCUGGUGGUGGUUCAGCAGUUGACUGGUUUUAUCAUGAGAUGCGAGCUCACUACAGCUACCAGAUCAAGCUCCGAGAUACCGGUAGUUACGGAUUCUUGCUUCCUAAAGAGCACAUUGUUCCAACUGGAGAAGAGCUCUUCAAUGCCAUGAAGUACUACGGUGACUACCUCUUGGGCAAUAACGGAAUCGAGCGGUUUCCCAAGACUGUGAAGGGCGACGAUUUCAAUGUAAACCAAAAUCAACACGUCGAAACCGCUGAGGAAGACGAAACGAUGAACCAAGAGCUGAGAAGGAGAAGAAUGAAACGAUGA